ACGAGAGUUUCUUGUCGUCUAGACGUCGAAAGGCGGGGAGAGCGCAGAUGGGAGUGGUCGUGAAAGGGGGAGAGAGUGAGGGAGGUGCCCGUCAAGGGAGGAGAGAGGGGGGGAGGUGGUGGUAGAGAAGCAAGAAGGGAGUGAGAGAGCGUCGAGCUCUUAUAUGCAAAGUAGGUUCGAUCUGAGUCGGGUUGUGUGUGUGUGAGACAGUGACAACCGGGGUGAGAUCGAAUGAAGAGAAGCAAAGGUGUCCACCAGGGAACGCGUGUUCGUGUAAUAAAGGCUUGUUUCUGGCUGGUACAAAUCCCUGUGAGAAGAUGCUAGGAAAGAGUUAGUGUUUUGCGAGAGAUUAUGCUGUUUGAAGGGUGUGAUUAGUGAGUGAAAUCGUCGUAUGAGUGCACGUUCGAUAUAUGCAAGUCGUAAUGCUUUCCUGAGCAAAGGGAGUGAACGAUGUGAAGAGGGAGAGAGAGAGAUGCGCCAGGUGGGGGUAGAAGCCGCACGAAGAUAAGAAAGAGAGAGAGAGGUGCCUAAAGAGGGUGGGGGGGCGGAAGGGGAGGUGAAGAUGAUAUGACCGAUGGAUGGGACACCUCGGUACAGUGAGGCGAGCGGAGGCUGGACACACAGGUCUGCCCGGUUCAUACACACCGUACUCUUCCCCCACUUUGGGAUAUAAAGAGGAGAUGUAUCCCAUCGCACUGGGGAAUGUGACGUGCACAGUCUGGAACAGGAUGGGGAACAUGAAUCCACCCUUCCCUUGCUCACUCUCUCAGUCACAGUCUCGGCUCACUCCACAAUCUCAUUCACCGAGCAAGCAAAGAGGAAUAAAAAGGUGAUGCAAUUCCC